GUGCGGGUCCGCCCGCUCAACAGCAGAGAAGAAGGUCUUGGAGAAACCACCCAGGUUUACUGGAAAACUGGCAACAAUGCUGUUCAUCAAGUGGACGGGAGCAAAUCUUUUAAUUUUGAUCGUGUCUUUGAUAGUAAUGAAACCACUAAAGAUGUUUACGAAGAAAUAGCAGUGCCCAUCAUAGAUUCUGCCAUACAAGGCUAUAAUGGUACUAUAUUUGCCUAUGGGCAGACUGCUUCGGGAAAAACAUUUACUAUGAUGGGUUCAGGAGAUUAUUUGGGAGUAAUACCCAGGGCAAUUCAUGACAUUUUCCAUAAAAUUGAGAAGUUUCCUGAUAGGGAAUUUCUCUUGCGUGUGUCUUACAUGGAAAUAUAUAAUGAAACCAUUACAGACUUACUUUGUGACACUCGAAAAAUGAAGCCUUUAAUAAUUCGGGAAGACUUCAAUAGGAAUGUGUAUGUGUCUGACCUCACAGAAGAAGUUGUUUCUACGUCAGAAAUGGCUUUGAAGUGGAUCAGAAAGGGAGAGAAGAAUAGACAUUAUGGAAUUACAAAAAUGAAUCAAAGAAGCAGUCGCUCUCAUACCAUUUUUAGGAUGAUUUUGGAAAGUAGAGAGAAAGGUGAACCUUCUAAUUGUGAAGGAUCUGUCAAGGUGUCCCACUUGAAUUUGGUUGAUCUUGCAGGCAGUGAAAGAGCUGCUCAAACAGGUGCUGAAGGUGUGAGACUUAAGGAAGGCUGUAAUAUAAAUCGAAGUUUAUUUAUUUUGGGACAAGUGAUCAAGAAACUUAGUGAUGGACAAGUUGGGGGUUUCAUAAAUUAUCGAGAUAGCAAAUUAACACGAAUUCUCCAGAAUUCCUUGGGAGGAAAUGCCAAAACACGUAUUAUCUGCACAAUUACUCCAGUGUCUUUUGAUGAAACUCUUAGUACUCUCCAGUUUGCCAGUACUGCUAAAUAUAUGAAGAAUACUCCUUAUGUAAAUGAGGUAUCAAGUGAUGAAGCGCUCCUGAAAAGAUAUAGAAAAGAAAUAAUGGAUCUUAAAAAACAAUUAGAGGAGGUUUCUACAGAGACUCGGGCCCAGGCAAUGGAAAAAGACCAAUUGGCCCAACUUUUGGAAGAAAAAGAUCUGCUUCAAAAAGUGCAGAUUGAGAAAAUUCAAAACUUAACACGAAUGCUGGUGACCUCUUCUUCCCUCACAUCACAACAGGAAUUAAAGGCAAAAAUAAAACGAAGAGUCACUUGGUGCCCUGGCAAAAUUAACAAAAUGAAGGACUUAAACUAUGUGAAUGAGUUUAAUAUGCCAGUAAAUACAACAAAAAGACAAAGGAGUGAUAUAACUUCAGUAGGAGAAAUUGAUGAAUCUGUCUGUUCAGAGGCUGAUGUUUUCAGUAACACCCUUGAUACAGUAACAGAUAUAGAGUGGAAUCCAGCAACAAAGCUACUAAGUCAGGAAAACUUAGAAAGUGAGUUGAAUUCACUUCGUGCUGAUUAUGAUAAUCUGGUAUUGGACUAUGAAAAACUAAGAAAAGAAAAUGAAGAAAUGGAGUUGAAAUUAAAAGAAAAGAAUGAUUUGGAUGAAUUUGAGGCUCUAGAAAGAAAAGCAGAAAAAGAUCAAGAGAUGCAACUAAUUCAUGAAAUUUCGAACUUAAAGAAUUUAGUUAAACAUGCAGAAGUGUAUAAUCAAGACCUUGAGAAUGAACUAAGUUCAAAAGUAGAUCUACUUAGAGAAAAAGAAGACCAGAUUAAAAAGUUACAGAAAUACAUAGACUCUCAGAAUUCAGAAAGUGUGAAAAUGGACUUGUCAUACUCAUCGGAAGACAGUGACGAUCUAAAACAAAAGAAACAAACUCUGCUUGAUGCUGAAAUUAUAGCCCUUGAUGCCAAGAGAGAAUCAGCCUUUCUUAGAAGUGAAAAUCUGGAGCUGAAAGAGAAAAUGAAAGAACUUGAAAGUAUGUUCAAGCAAAUGGAAAGUGAUAAUCAGUUACAUCAAAGCCGGUUGGAGGCAAAAAAGAAAAUACAAGUUGAUCUGGAGAAAGAAUUACAAUAUUCUUUUAAUGAAAUAACAAAACUCAACUCCCUUUUAGAUGGCAAAGUUCCAAAAGAUUUGCUCUGUAAUUUGGAAUUGGAAAGAAAGAUUACAGAUCUCCAGAAAGAACUGAAGAAACAAGUUGAAGUAAAUGAAACUUUGCAUGAAAAAGUUAAUUUGCUCUCAGAAUUGAAAUCUUUACCUUCAGAAGUAGAAAUGCUAAGGAAAGAGGUAAAUGAUAAAUCUGAAGAGCUACAUCUAAUAACAUCAGAAAAAGACAAAUUGUGUUCUGAAGUAGUUCAUAAGGAGAGUAGAAUUCAAGAUUUACUUGAAGAAAUUAAGAAAACUAAAGAUGACCUUGCAACCACCCAGUUGAAUUAUAAAAACAUGGAUCAAGAAUUCCAAGUUUUUAAAAAUUAUCAUAUUGAAUUUGAACAAAAGUAUGACAUGGUCCUUGAAGAGAAUACAAGAAUAAAUCAGGAAAUAGAAAAUCUCUCUAAAGAAUCUCAAAAACUUGGUUUAACUUUGGAUGACUUAAAGACAGAGCUUUCUCAGAAAACCCAAGAACUUCAGCAAAGUCAAGAAAGGUUAAAUGAAGUGGAACAGCUGAAGGAACAAUUACAAAGUAAAGAUUCCAGACUGCAAACUAUAGAAAGGGAGAAAAUACUGACUACUGAGAAGCUUCACCAAACCUUAGAAGAAGUAAGGAUCUUAACCCAAGAAAAGGAUGACUUAAAACAACUCCAAGAGAGCUUGCAAGUUGAGAGAGACCAGCUGAAAAGUGACAUUGAGGAUACUGUAAACAUGAACAUAGAUACCCAAGAACAAUUACGAAAUGCUCUUGAAUCUCUGAAACAACACCAAGAAACUAUCAACAUGCUAAAAAUGAAAAUUUCCGAGGAAAGCUCCAAGAAUUGGCCUGUAGAGAAAACCAUAAAAGAAACUAAGGAUGAAUUUCAGGAAGAGGUAAAGAGUUCCU